CGGUGGAGAGGGGGAAUUGGUGGGGAUGGCCAUGAGGAUCCCAUAUCUGGAAAACCUGUCUGAAUUGAAGCAAGGGCCCCAGAGCUGCCUACAGCCCACAGAUGGAAGCUGGGACGCCAGCAUGCCUGCUCUCCCGGUGGCCUCAUUCUGGGGCUUCCCCAAGGGUUUCCUCUCCACCCCUUAGGCCCCCCACUGUCAAGCUGAAUCGGGGCUUCCCAAAGAGGGCCCUGGGGGGACUGUUUGCUGCUUCCCCCAACCUACACCCCACACACUCACCCUUCCCCCAGGGCCAGGCCGUCUGCCUACUCAACAGAGCUGACCUGGUUAAACUCUGCUAAUGGAUUCACCACCACAGAUGGGUUCCUGCUGUUAAUCUGGGUUCCCAGUCACCCCAGGUGGAUUCAAGUGGAAGCUUCUGGAAGCACUACCUUCAUAUCCCCAGGAAUUCACCUGAUAGGGGAAGUAGCCCAGAAGGCUCCUGAUUGUCUCCCUCACAGUGACAAGAGCGCGGCUCGCGGUGGUGGCAGGAAGGGGGUGAUAGCUGGGAUGCUGAACAUUGAAACAUUGGGGGAGGGGGAGAGCUGCUCACCCGUGCGUCACCUGUGAUUAGGGACAUCCACCAGACUGUCUCCAGGACACUCCUAGGUCUCCACUGCUCAUGGUGCCAUGGCCCAGGUACUGCCUUUCUUCCUUGUCACAGGAACCUCGGGCCACAUUUCCAUGACCUGCCGUUGAUGCCCUUGGAACUCUUCCCCUGCCCAAGCCUCCAGACCCUCACAGCUGGAGGUGACGGUGAAUGCUCCGACCGCGACGUGCCCCAUGACGCCCCCAGGUUAGCUCCCCUUGCUACCUGGGCAGGAUGUUGCCCAAUAUCUCUCUGCUGGCCAACUCCUCCAUCAGCGCUUCAGUCAACAACAGCUCCGUUCCUCCGUGCCUGGACUACAGGCCUACCCACCGCCUGCACUUGGUGGCCUACAGCCUGGUGCUGGCAGCAGGGUUCCCGCUCAACGCGCUGGCCCUGUGGGUCUUCCUCCGCGCGCUGCGGGUACACUCGGUGGUGAGCGUGUACAUGUGCAACCUGGCGGCCAGCGACCUGCUCUUCACGCUGUCGCUGCCCGUGCGCCUCUCCUACUAUGCGCUGCACUACUGGCCCUUCCCCGACCUCCUGUGUCAGAUAGCAGGUGCCAUCUUCCAGAUGAACAUGUACGGCAGCUGCAUCUUCCUGAUGCUCAUCAACUUGGACCGCUAUGCCGCCAUCGUGCAUCCGCUGCGGCUGCGGCACCUGCGGCGACCCCGCGUGGCACGGCUCGUGUGCCUGGGUGUGUGGGUGCUCAUCCUGGUGUUCGCCGUGCCUGCCGCCCGCGUACACAGGCCCUCGCCCUGCAGCUACCAGGGCACCGAGGUGCGCCUGUGCUUUGAGAGCUUCAGCGACCAGCUGUGGAAAGGCCGCCUGCUACCGCUCCUGCUGUUGGCCGAGGCGCUGGGCUUCGGGCUGCCUCUUGCGGCCGUGGGCUACUCAUCGGGUCGCGUCUUCUGCACGCUGGGGCGGCGCGACGCCACGCGCAGCCAGCGGCGACGUAAGACCGUGCACCUCUUGCUGGCCAACCUUGUCAUCUUCCUAUUGUGCUUCGUGCCCUACAACACCACGCUGGCCGUCUACGGGCUGCUGCGCAGCCACUUGGUGGAGGCCAGCACCGCAGCCCGCGAUCAGGUGCGCGGGGUGCUCAUGGUAAUGGUGCUGCUGGCCAGCGCCAACUGCGUGCUCGACCCGCUGGUGUACUACUUCAGCGCUGAAGGCUUCCGCAACACCUUGCGAGGUCUGCGCCGGCCGCAGGGAGCCAGGACCGAGGUCACCAACGGUGCGCGGGCGACAGAGAUCCACACCACCAGGUUGGAUGCCACCAGUCAGGAGCUCCUGCAGCGGUCCAGGGGCCCCAGCGAGCCCCUCACCCAGGGCACACAGGACUUCGCCCUCUGAAAAAAUGCUGUGCCCUUCAAGCAGGUCACCUUUUCUGCCCAGGGUAGCCCUCCUGUGAGAGGUGGGACCUGGCCUUGGGCUUCUGGGUCCCCUGUGUGAGCCUCUGAAUGCAGAAACAAGGGGAGCCCAAGCUACCCACGCCCCGAGGAUGGAAGAAGGCUGCUGGGUUGGCUUCUGCACAGUGGGGCUCCCGACCUUGGGCUGGCCCCUGGCUAAGCACUGGCAGGUGGAACAGAAAAGGGCUCUUCUAACAUGGACCUAUUGCUGGGGUCUGAGAGCUGAAGGGUUCCCCAGGCCAGGGCAUCAAGGCUCUUUCAUACAAAAAGCUCUUUCAUCAGCUCACCUCUGGGCCAAUUUGAGGGCCAUGGUAGCCACCUGCUGUCAUUGUCACCUAGGCUCCCCACCACCACCCAGGGCUGAGCAUUCAUUCACUGUGGACAGGAUUGCAUUGGUUCUUCUGCAGUGACACCCCAAGCCUGACGCCCAAGCAGGGGGCAGCUGGGCCAGGCGAAAGCCAAGGAGGUGUCCACCCUGGCCAACUCCUAGUCCUAGCUCCCCUUUCCAAGUUGUCUGUUCCUGUACCACCGUCCCCUUUCUUGAGCCCGGGUGUCGCCGUUUCUCUCUCUCUUCCUCCUCCUCGCUUGCUUUGUCCAGCGCAUGGACAAAUCCUUGGUGCUCAAGCCUCAGUCUGCUCGCAGAUCCCUUUAUACUCUAGAGUUCUAGAGAGCUUUUUCUUAUUCUGUGCUCAUUGGCUCCUGAAUCAUUAGCUAGUAGAACAGAAGUUCUCCCCUAAGACACAGAAAUACAAACGUACGUUCCAAUAACCAUGCCAUCUACCUCAUGCAGCCUCUGGAAGAUUCCACUUGUGAGAUCACGUAGGAUGAAAGGGACAAUUGGCAUGGGCUUUUCUCAGGAACCGGUCCCUGGAUCACACUCAGAAACAUACUUGGCUAAAGUAUUAGAGUUCAGGUCUGACUUCUCCCUGGGGGACGGCAGAUUUUCACUUUCGUUCUGGGUUUCUGUGGGGGAGAGCACUCCACAAAGUGGUCGAUAACAGGCCCUAAGGCCUGGAGUUUUGUGGGUGCAGCCAGGGCCGGUACCCACCAAUGGGGACACUAACGUGGGCAAAAGUCCUGGGGCCUGAGAAGGGGCAAGGAGCUGUGUGCCAGCUAGGGAAGGGAGGAAGGGCUGAGGGGAGGGCUGGAGUGGCUGCGCUUUGCUGGGGGAGGCGAGGGAAUUAGCCAUCCACUGCUCCUUUUCCUCUGUACCCAAGUGGGGUGCUGGGAGGGUCUGCCGAAGGGGUUCUUGGGCAUCUUCAGAUCCUGACAGUGCUGACUGCGGUGGGUACUUUACACAGGAAUUCCUGUGUGCACGUGUGCCUUCAUGUCAAGACCGUGCGCGCAUGCAGGUGUAAGUUCAGAAUGACCCUUUUGUGUGUGUUUCUGGGAGCACCACUGUUGGUGAUUUCCUGGGGUAAAAUGACCCCUAGUGGCCAAACGGAGGAACUGACCCAGAGCCCUCAAAAGUUAGGACGAAGCUGGGUGCUUUCUUACUUGUGUGAGAGGCCUGGGCCCUUCCCUCACUCACCUCCUGCAGAAAGAGGUUUGCACCUGCUGCUUGUUGCUUCAAGCUCAAGGUUCAAGGCCUUUUCUAUCCUGAGGCCACCAGCAGUCCCGAUUCUCAGUGUCAUCCACUUUGCCCUAUCCAGACUGAACACAAUUUUUAAAAACUAUUUGAGUACUUUUAUGUGAGCACAAAGACCCAAGUAACUCAGCCUCACAGCCUGUGUAACCUGCCAACACGCCAUACCAUUCACUUGUUUAUUUAUGUUCCCUUGACAGUGUCUUGUCUGUCUCCUCAGGAACACGGGUGCUCCAGCGGGGUGGGAUUUUUGAGUUUUUUUUUUCUGAUAUUUACCCCCUUCAUGCUUGUUCUCUGCCUGCCCCACCCCCAAACGCCAGCGUCUGACACAGUGGAAAUGUUCAAUAAACAGCUGGUAAAUGAAU